CCUCCCGCACCUCUCCGCUUCCAACCCCAGGGCCCGCCCACGCAUCUCCCACCUAGCCACCACCAACCACCAACCACCUCCACCGCCGCCGCUCUCGUCGCCGCUCCCCGUUCCACGCGCCCCCGCCUCUCGCGAGCGCACCUCUCAUUGCCGGGUCCGCUCCACUUGCACCGCGUGUAUGCGCCGAAUCUAUAG